GCUUGCCUUCAGCUCCGCCUCCCUCCCUGACCAACAGCAUGGGGGAGAAGUCCGAGGGCUGUGAGGGACCCGCAGAACUGCUCAGGGGGUUGAAGGUCACAGACCCCCAGGAAGUGGAGUGUGCACGCCCUCCAGCUCCUGCUCCCGGACAGGGGAGUGCGCAGUGCCAGCGGCUGCAGGAAGGUGAGGAGCAGGAGGAGGAGUGCUUCCACGACUGCAAUGCCUCCUUCGAGGACGGGGAGCCGGGAGGGGUGAAGAUGGAGGACAAGCCUGCCGACGGGGCUGCCCCCGAGCUGGAUGAAGAAUACCUCAUAGAACUGGAAAAGAACAUGCCAGACGAAGAGAAGCAGAAAAGAAGAGAAGAAAGCACUAGAUUAAAGGAGGAAGGAAAUGAACAGUUUAAGAAAGGAGAUUAUAUGGAAGCGGAAAGUUCCUACAGUCAAGCCCUUCAGAUGUGCCCAUCCUGCUUCCAGAAGGACAGGUCCAUUCUGUUUUCAAAUCGAGCUGCCGCAAGGAUGAAGCAGGACAAGAAAGAGAUGGCCAUCAGUGACUGCAGCAAAGCAAUUCAGUUAAACCCCAGCUACAUCAGAGCAAUAUUGAGGAGAGCAGAGUUGUAUGAGAAAACAGACAAGUUAGAUGAAGCCCUGGAAGACUAUAAAUCUAUACUAGAGAAAGAUCCAUCAGUGCAUCAAGCAAGAGAGGCUUGUAUGAGAUUACCUAAACAAAUUGAAGAACGGAAUGAAAAACUGAAAGAAGAGAUGUUGGGUAAACUAAAAGAUCUUGGGAACUUGGUUCUCCGACCCUUUGGGCUCUCCACCGAAAAUUUCCAGAUCAAACAGGAUUCUUCCACUGGCUCCUACUCUAUCAAUUUUGUUCAAAAUCCAAAUAAUAACAGAUAACAAAGAUACCAAUAGUGUUAAGAGCUGCCUUGGAAAUUGUUUGCUGCUUACUGUUAGCAGGGGGCGAGGCCUGCCAGUAUUUAACUUUUCAAAGCCUCUUUAAUGGAAAGGCUACACAGUACAGCCUAGUGCUCCCUCCUCCUCAUGUCACCAUCGGGGUAAAUGCACUGCCUAAUAUAAUGAGCCUAAUUUGAUUUCGGUUUUAAGGUUCUGUGUGCGACUGUUGAUCCUGGCACUGGUUGUCCUUUGUCUAGGAAAGUCUGCGUUCACCAGCCCACAGCCCCCACAUACACCCCUUUCCUGACAGGUGAGAGAUUCCCCAAACAUGCUGACAGGUUCCUCUUGGCCAUCCCCUCGCCCAUCACACACGCUGUCAUCAAAGCUGCUCCAUGUGUGUGGUCUCCAGCAUUUCCCGAUUUCCUCUGUGGUAAUAAAAGCUUUCUGUGCUGGUCUGGG